AUGGCCCCUUCAAUACUAUGCCGAUACUACAACACCUCCGGCGGCUGCCGAAACGGUAGCGCGUGCCGCUUUGUCCACUCUCAGCCUUCGGAUAAUCCCUUUGCCACACCGUCCCGCACGCUCACGCCCACGCAGCGCGACGGCGGGGCUCGCGCGCCGCCGGGCGUCUGCACGUCCUUCUGGAACACAGGGCUCUGCCGAUUCGAGUUUGCCUGCCGAUACGAGCACCGGCGCGCACCCGAGGCGGGGGCCGCAGACGGCGACGCCGUGCGCUCGUCGUGGAGAACGGGCCUUGCGUUCCGCUCCGCGGUCACCGCUCCCCCGCCCGCCGCGGACGCCGUCGCACCGCCGUUUCUCACCGAGAGCGGGCUCGCGAAGCUCGUCGGGGCCGGGACGGACGUCUUUUUUGGUGCCGACGACGCGUCGACGACGACGCCCAGCCAGGUACAGGCGGCGCUCCGACAGUUCCUGCACGACGAUUAUCGGUUCGCGACCACCUUCAAUAUCUACGCCUUCGUGGCCGCGCUGAGCAGCGCCCAGAGCACGAACGCGUCGUGGAGUGCUGAAAGUGAGUGUGUGUCACAGGAUAAGGGUUUGCCUAGGAUACGCAACAUGAUCGAAUGGUCCCCGGUGUCUACAAAGGCGGGCCAGAGCAGCACCACCCUCUCUUUCCAGAGAGCGUAUGUGCCGUUGUUAAAGUACCUGUCGUCCGAUUUCGUCGUGAAAAGCACACAGUCUAAAUUCCAAAACGCUCUGUUUCUGUGUGUGCUGGACAAUAUCGAAGCCUUUGCGGAUGUUGUCGAAACAAGCAUGUCGACUAUGAUGAAAGAGCGCUCGUUCCGUGAUCCUGCCUUCACCCGUAUGAAGCCCCCCUUCGGGAACCAGAUAUUGGUCACUUUGGCCAGUCUUCUCUUUGAAUGUCUCACGCGAUUCAAGAAUUCCGUCCAAAUCUACCCACGAUUGAGUUCUCUCGUCGACAAUUUGGACAUGUGGACGGAGGAGUGGGUCAGCGAUGUCGAAUCAACCUUGCCCAAAUUCGAGAGCCCCUUCCAAGACUCUCCGCAGAGCACACGAGACUUCAUCCUCCGAGAGCUCCGGAGGAAGGUCGCGCUAUCUGUGAAUAUUGUCAAGCGCGAACGAGAGCUGGCAGAUCGUUCGAAGCAAGAGCAGAGCCUCCCACAGUUCCCUAUUGCGGGCCCGAGCGAAGGCAUCGUGGCGGCCUUGAGGCAAACAUACGAAGGACCGGGAACGGAGCGCAAGCAGGGGCCCAGACACGAUAACGACUUUGUCGACAUAGACAAAAUCCGGAUCGCCCCGACGCACGACGAACUUGUAUCGCGCAUCCCCCCAUUUUUGCCUGCAAAUAUCUACAAUGCGCCGCAUCCGUACCCUGCCGACAGCAUGCAGCGGCUCCUCGACAUACAGUUCCGGCUGCUUCGAGAAGAACUGACCGCGCCUCUCCGAGCUUCGAUUCAGCUCGUCCUAGACGAUCUGCAGCGCAUGGAUCUGGGAAAUAAAACGCGACUCGGGGAUAUUCUGAAGAAGUGUGGCGGCAAGUAUCGAGGGCCUGCCGAUAGCCAAGAAAGCGUCAUAUUCAACAUCUACACGAACGUCGCUUUCAAGAUCUUGACCCCUGGCCGCCGAGGCAUCACUGUCACGAUGUCUCUGGAUACGCCUCCUGGUCGAGCGCGGUCGGCACGAGCACAGGAGCGGCGGAUGUUCUGGGACGGUGCGGGAGGAAAGCGGCUCAUGCAAGGUGGUCUGGUGGCGUUGGUCUGGCGAUCUGGGAACAACACAUCUAUCAACUUGGGAACCUUGGCCACCUCUGCUCGUGACUUGAGCGAGUCAGCGGCGCGCUCGCCAGAUACAAUCGACGUUCGCGUUGCCUUCUUCGACCCAGAAAUUGAGCUACGCAUCCUUCAGAGCUUGAAGAGCGCUGGGGAUGAACAGCAUGGAGAGCUCAGGUUGCUGGUCGAGUCGCCCGUCUUGUUCGAGGCCAUUCGGCCAUUCUUAGAGGCUCUCCGAGCGGAGCCAACACGGAUUCCAUUUGCGAAAUAUCUUGUCCAUCACCCGCCAGGAUAUCUGAGCACGAUCCGUUCUGAUCCUCCGUUGUAUGCAACAACACCCGGUUUCUCUUAUAACUUAUCGGGGCUGUUCGCCUCCGCGCCGGGUGAAGAGCCGGUUGAUCUUCAGAUGUCGACGGAAGAUCAUUCUGUUGCGCAUGCUCGACGGGCUUUGCGAGAAGGAAGCCGUUUGGAUCCUAGUCAAGCAGAUGCCAUCGUCGACGCUUUGACGCGGGAAGUAGCUUUGAUACAAGGCCCUCCUGGCACGGGUAAAAGCUACACUGGUGUCGAAUUAUUGCGCGUCCUCGUCGCCAACAAAUUGGGGCCCAUCCUCAUGAUCGCCUUCACGAAUCAUGCGCUGGAUCAUAUGCUGUCGUCCGUUUUGGACGCUGGUAUCACAACAAACAUCGUAAGGCUCGGCUCACGGUCAGCGGAUGAACGUCUUUCUCAAUUCUCUAUGGAAACGCGGGAGUUGGCCGCAGGACAGUCCCGUCUCGAUCGCUCAUUCGCUCAACGGCAUCGCGAUCUGAAAGUGAUGCAAGAAGCCGUAACGCAUAGCAUGGAACAGCUUCUCCGUAGCGCCAUUGACCCUGCAGAGAUCAGUCAAAGCCUCGAGUUGAACUAUCCGGAGCAUCACUGUGAACUCGUUUGCCCACCCCGCUGGGUUUCCGCGCUUCAAGAAAUAUCGCUCCAAGCUGACGGUGCCGUGGAUGCCUGGUACGUGGUAGGCCACCAUGGCCGCCAACGUGCAGUGGAUGAUUCGUUGUAUGACUUCUGGGUCAAUGGCAGAGAUCUCGAGUUUCUACGGAGUUUAUCGCUACCAGCUACCCAUCAUACACAAGAGGACGUAGGCCCUGCGAAUAAGUACGCAAUCUUGUCACGCGAGCAUCCCGAGAAUGAGCUUGCUGGCGAUGAAGAUAUAUCUCCAGAGGACUCGGACGAUUCAAGCUCAGAAGACAAUGACAUGGAUGUUGCGCCCGAAGAAGUCUGGAAGAAGUCUUUUGCCCUCGAUGCAAUGCCUCCAGCAGAGGUCACUGCUUCUACAUCUAUCCCUUUUUGGAGAGAUCUUUCAAGGCCAUGGCCUCCGACGCCACCUGCGCAGCCAAGGAGUUUACAGCUUGACAGCUUCCAAGGCAUCACCGAAUUCCUUCGUACUUUCGACCUCCCCACUGUACCUGUCCUUCCUUCGACGACGCGCCCUUUAAGCCAACUUCUUCUCGAUGGCUGUGGCAGAGUAUGGGAUAUGUCACUCAUCGAACGCCAACGUCUGCACAAGUUCUGGGUCGACCAAUUUCGGCCUGAGCUGUUCAGCUCCCGAAUAAACGAAUUCAAGCGAUUAAGAGAACAGCUUGCAGAUGCUCAAAUAAAUCAUGAGGAAGGGAAAGAGGAGUCUAGGAGGCAACUCCUUGCAGAUGUCGAUAUCAUUGGAUGCACAACAACAGGCGCAGCAAAGUUAACUUCUUUGCUACAGGGGAUUGGCCCGCGUAUAGUGCUCGUUGAGGAAGCAGGUCAAGUCUUGGAAGCUCACGUUCUUAGCUCGCUCGUGGGAGGCUCGGUUCUACACUUGAUCAUGAUCGGAGAUCCUCUCCAGCUUCGCCCUACGAUUGCAAAUUACUCUCUGUCCGUCAAUUCAAGAAGGGGCAAUGAAUUGUAUAAGUUCGACCAGUCGUUAAUGGAGAGGCUUGCACUGGCCGGAUUGCCGAUGUCGCCUAUCAACGUCCAACGCCGCAUGCGACCAACGAUAUCGCAUCUCAUCAGGAACACUCUCUACCCUGGACUCAAGGAUCAUGAGAUUGUGACGGAUUACCCACCUAUCCGAGGACUGGCAAAGAGUGUAUUCUUCUUCAACCAUAGCCACGUGGAAAACAAGCAAGGCGAAGAAUCGGAGAGCCGGCAUAACAUAUUCGAGGUUCUCAUGAUCAAGGAUCUUGUCCUUCAUCUACUGCGGCAAGGGUGUUACACAAGCGAUGGGGACAUCGUGGUUCUUUGCGGCUACCUUGGUCAGCUAGCACGAAUGCGAGAUGCCUUUGCCGAUGAAUUCGUGGUUAUGUUGGAUGAACGCGACAAGGUGGCCCUGGAUGACCAGGCUGAAGAUCCGAACGACGAUGCACCCUUCACUCGAAUGGAAGAAGUAAAGCUCACGAGCAGGGUCCGCCUGCGAACUAUCGAUAACUAUCAAGGAGAGGAAGGAAAGAUAGUCAUUCUUUCCCUUGUUCGUAACUCGGGAGCUCCCGAGAGCAAUUUGGAGGGUCUCGAUCGCAACACAAACGAAAAAGCGAACAUCGGAUUUUUGAAGGUGACAUGCGACCAAAACCCAGUUGCUUUGUCGCGUGCACGCGAAGGGCUAAUCAUAUUUGGUAACACGAUAGACCUCAGCUCUCGCAGUCAGAUGUGGCGCUCGAUUAUCGAGGAAUUAGAGAGUCAGGAUGCAGUCGGAGAUGCACUGCCAGUGACUUGCAACAAUCAUCCGCAGGCUGUUGAGUACAUCUCCGAACCUGGCAAGUUGCAACAGGUGUCUCCCGACGGCGGUUGCCUACGUCCGUGCGGCAGACGUCUACAAUGUGGCCAUUUGUGCCCGUACAAGUGCCAUCCGGAUGACCCUCAGCAUAUCCAUGUUAAAUGUUCGCAGUCUUGCGCUCGACUCUGUCUGAAGGGACAUCCGUGUGAUAAGCCAUGCGCUGAGGCCUGCGGAGACUGUAAGUUCCUCCUCUACAGUGUAGAGCUUCCAUGUGGGCACAGUAAAGAAAAUGUACCUUGCCACCUGUCGGACAAGCUAGAGGAUGUCACUUGUGAUGUCUUACUAGAGAAGAUGCUUCCACAUUGCGAGCACACCGUGGCGAUGCGAUGCUCCGAUGACCCGGAAAACUACAGGUGUAAAGCUACGUGCAAGGGUGUGAUGGCUUGCUGUGGGCGGGAUUGUCGGUCGCAAUGUCAUGCAUGCCAGCGUGAGAACCUUCCGACGCUGGGACAAGUUCCGAGGAAACAGCACUGCAAGCAUAGUUGCCAAAAGCCACUUUAUUGCCAGCAUCUCUGCAAGAAUCCAUGCUCGGAAGAACACACGCAUUCUCAAUUUUGUACAGAACCAUGUCGGCAGAUGUGUCCUCAUGCUCGUUGCCAAAAACCAUGCUCCACGCCAUGUGCACCCUGCCUGGAGAGGUGUACUUGGGUCUGCGAACACUUUACUUGUCCAGUUCCGUGCGGCUCGGUCUGUGCAAGACUUCCUUGUGAUACAAGGUGCAAAAGAACACUGCGUUGUGGUCAUCGAUGCCCGUCGGUAUGCGGAGAGCCCUGCGACAUUCAACAGUGCCCCAUAUGUGUGUCGGAAGAGGGCAGCCAAUCCAUUGUCGACCUUGUCAUGCAGAGACCUCUCGCCGACAUUGAUCCGGACUUGGAAACUCUGGACGAGCUCGUCAUCACUCUGCCUCAGUGUAGGCAUGUCUUUACCGUUGAAACCUUGGACGGCCAUUGCGGAAUGACAGAUUACUAUGGACGAGGAAGUGAUUAUGGUCCAUGGCUCAACUGCAAGGAACCUCCCCUGGGCUACAAACAACCUCCGGUGUGUCCAACCUGUCGCACAGCCAUCACGUCACCUCGUUAUGGGCGGAUCUUCAAGCGCGCCGACCUUGAUAUCCUAGAGCGGAAUGUUGCAUCUCAGUUGGCUCAACUGCUCGACGAAUCUCAAGCAGAGAUUGGAAGAGUCUCAACAGAGGACAUAAAGGUCAAUCUGAAGCGCCGCAUUGGAAACAUCCCAACAUCAGAAUCUUCCAUUUCCAAAGCAGCAUCGAAGGCGCGUCGCAAAAACAGGGAUAAAAUACUCAAAGUCUUCCGUGAAACACCCGUCCCCUUGGAAUCAAUCACGCCCACAAACACACAAUACCAUACAAUCCCUGACGCCAUUGGCUCACCAUGGGGGCAAGUGAUUGCGCCGCUUAUGCUUGGCUAUAACAAGGCAUUGAAGGCAGCCUCUACUCGUUCUUCGCACAUCCAAGCAUGGGAAGCAGCCUUCCACAGCAUCUUUGACCAAGAAUCUGAGGCGGUACUGCAGGACCCUGUCCAUGCUCCACGUCGUCCUCGUGAACACGCUAUGCGCAUGGCAAAAAUCAAAGUUGGACAUCCACAGCCGCGAGCGGACAAGCGUUUCAUUGUAGAGGCCUUUUGGAUUACUCUGUCGAUCCGCUUUACUCUUGUUGAGCUUGUACUCUCUUGUGUCAACAGACGCCAAACAGCAUAUUGGGAGGCCUGUGGACUCUACGCUGACUUUUUGCUGGAUUCCUGCGUGAAGGAUGCCCAAAUUGCCCUUGAUAUCGCGCGGGGUUCAGAGGCACAUCGCCAAGUCACGAAGACGUCUCUCUUCAUCAUGCGUGCAAAUUUGGAGAAAUUUCGUUUCCAGGUGGAGAUGUCCCGGGCCAAUAACGUAUUGCUGAAGAUUCGAAGCGAUUUGAGUGACACAGCUGCGAGCAGAGGGGCCGCUGCAAAGCGAUUCAUGGCGCAAGUCAUCAACAGUCACCAUAGGGCAAAACCUUUCGUUCUCGCGGAGAAGAGUUGGCUACAGGAAAACUUUUCGGCAACUGCUCAGGUCAUCAUUGACCAGUGGAGUGAAUUGGAGCGGUCUCUUCGACAGGACGUAUCCUAUCAGCCUGUUUCUCUCGAUGACAAGAUGGAGAUCGUGAGGGCGCUCAACUUUACCCACACCGGCCAUUUCUACAAUUGUCCCAAUGGACAUACCUUUAUUAUCACUGAGUGCGGAGGUGCCACGCAACGAGCUAGUUGCCCAGAGUGUGGGGAAGCGAUUGGCGGAACGAAUCAUGACCUUGAUAGCAGAAAUACCAGAGCGACGGAGUAUGAGGAGUUGCUGCGGCAACAAGGUGCCCAGCGGAGCCCAUUUUCAUGGGGCAACUGA